AUGAGUGCUUCCCAUUUCGUGGAAGAAGUCGGGGAGGACAAGUUCCAACCUACACCGACCUCAUUAGCUCUCGGAGACACUGCCGAGCCGAUUGCGCACACCGCGCUCGUAACCGGCGCCCAGUACACUUCAUCAGCGAUGAAUCUGCCUGCCUUCUUGGCUAAGACAGAUUAUCGCGAACCCGUCGAGGCUACGAAUACGAAUUUCAUGGACUCUAAUAAAGAUCAAUUGAGCCUCUUCGCCUUUUUAAAGACCGAACCCAAGUCCCAGGCUGCCUUUAUUGGGGCAAUGCGAGGGCUCUCCCAGCGAAAGCGAGACUGGACCGAGUUUUACUCGACCGAGCUCCUCUUCGAAGGCUUCAACCCCGACAAGGUCCUUCUUGUCGACAUUGGAGCUGUGACGGCGAUCGCCAAAGUGAGCGAUCAGAUCCAGCUCAUGCCGCAUGACUUUUUCACGCCACAACCCGUAAAAGCAGAGCGUAACUGCGAGCUUACCUGA